CUUUAUUUCCAGCUGUGACAUGCCUUCCCUCUGCAGCACCGUGGCGACCAAAUCAGAAAGUCCCUUUGCUGAGGUGGGCCCUUCGUCCAAACCCAUCCUUAAGUAGAUUAGAACGAAGAAACUGCUCUACUGUCCACCCACCACCCACCCCCGAGGAACCAACCACCCAUGAAACCUAUCCCUCCUUCACUGUCUUGUUUCAGUCCCUUGUUCACACAUUUUUGUUCUCUUUUCCUUCUCAUACUCAGGUCUCCUGAGUGCAGCCAUGACCACUGCCAUUCUGGAGCGCCUGAGCACGCUGUCGGUGAGUGGGCAGCAGCUUCGCCGCCUGCCCAAGAUCCUGGAGGAUGGGCUGCCCAAGAUGCCGUGCACUGUGCCCGAGACAGACGUGCCCCAACUUUUCCGGGAGCCCUACAUCCACACCGGCUAUCGCCCCACGGGCCACGAGUGGCGCUACUACUUCUUCAGCCUGUUUCAGAAACACAAUGAAGUGGUCAACGUCUGGACCCACUUGCUGGCGGCCUUGGCUGUCCUCCUGCGCUUCUGGGCCUUUGCUGAGGCCGAGGCUCUGCAAUGGGCCUCCAUUCGUGCCCUGCCUCUGCUCCUCUUCAUCUUGUCUUCCAUCACGUAUCUCACCUGCAGCUUGCUGGCCCACCUGUUACAGUCCAAGUCAGAGCUCUCCCACUACACUUUCUACUUCGUGGAUUACGUGGGAGUGAGCGUUUACCAGUAUGGCAGCGCGUUGGCCCACUUCUUCUACAGCUCUGACCAAGCCUGGUAUGAGCGCUUCUGGCUUUUCUUCUUGCCAGCUGCAGCCUUCUGUGGCUGGUUAUCUUGUGCUGGUUGUUGCUACGCAAAGUAUCGUUACAGGAGGCCUUACCCAAUCAUGAGGAAGAUAUGCCAGGUGGUGCCAGCAGGGCUGGCAUUUGUCCUAGACAUCAGCCCUGUGGCCCACCGUGUGGCCCUGUGUCACCUCGCUGGUUGCCAGGAGCAGGCAGCUUGGUACCACACGCUCCAGAUCCUCUUCUUCCUGGUCAGCGCCUACUUCUUCUCCUGCCCCGUCCCUGAGAAGUACUUCCCUGGAUCUUGUGACAUUGUGGGCCAUGGACACCAGAUCUUCCAUGCGUUUCUAUCUAUCUGCACACUAUCCCAGCUGGAAGCCAUCCUUCUGGACUAUCAGGGGCGCCAAGAGAUCUUUCUCCAGCGCCAUGGGCCCCUGUCUGUCUAUACAGCCUGCCUCUCUUUCUUUUUCUUGGCUGCCUGCAGUGCAGCUACAGCCGCUCUCUUGAGGCACAAAGUCAAGGCCAGACUGAUCAAGAAAGACUCCUGAAACUGGCCGGUGAGGCAAGGAGUGGAGGUGCCAUCCUGAUAUGGGAGAAAGUGAUACCAAGAAUAGGAGAUGAGUUUUUGUUGUUAAAGAUUGUCUUUUAAAUCAGUACCUCUGCAGCAUUGGAAAGGUAAAGGACUUGUUGUUAAUAGAAGGGGUAUUUCUUUUUCCCUUAGGCCACAGCCUUAAAAUACACAGGAACGAAAGGACCUUGGCUCAAUUUAUGAGGCACAGAAUUCAGGAGAACCAUCUUCAUGUCUGAAAGUUCCAGAUAAUUCUCUGACUGUGGCCAGCAUGGCAACUCCUAGAGCUACAAGGAUCAUGAAAUAGGACAGGAGAGGCAGUAGGUAGCUGGUCUAUGUGGGUAGAGAAGUGACCAUCUUACAGUUCUGGCUCUGGACAUUGGACAAGUGGAACUCUUUCUUCUGGAUUUCAAAUUGCCUAGGGUGGAGAAGCGAGAAUCUUCAAGGUGAUUCAGUGAAACCCUUCGACAUAAUGAACUAUCCAUUUGCUCUGGUUUUUUCAUUUUCUCUCUCGCCUAUUCUAACACUAACGUUUUGCUCAGGAUGAUAUCUGCCUGGCUCUUGAAAGUGCUGUUGUCUCCCUCUGUACCAUGCAUGGCCAUAUAGAGGUUUAUGAAGCAGUCCCACUACCAGGAAAUGCUUGGAUCCAUGUGGGUAAUCCAGAAAUGUAUUCUCAUCUAUUAUUAGUGUGUACCAGGAAGAAACAGUGCCAACAACCACCAGGAGGCCUAGCCAACAAGCGUGGAUACUGUUUGGUAUUCAGGCUCCCUUCUCUUAUACCUGUCAGUUCAGGGUUUCUUGAGAUCUACUAGGAUGCUGACAGGACAGGAGAUCUGAGGCAUGACUUCAGGGUAUAUUCUUCAGAUUUUAACCAGCAUGUUCAAAAAGUGGUUCAGGAGAAUGAAUUAGUUCUGUUGGUUUUUCUAGGAAAGUGAUUAUUACAAGAGGAACCCAGAAAUAAUGCUGCCCCUGCAUCCCAGUCUUUACCUCUUCUAGUUCAAAAUCCCCAAGCAGUUACUUAAUUUAGAGUAGAACUAUUAAAAUAAUCAAACCCCAAGGAAGGCGAGCAGGUGUGCUCCCUGAGGGUUUAUGCCUGGAGGUUCCUUUGGGUGAAGACAGAAUUCUAGGCUCCUGGCAGCCAGAAUUCAGUGUUUGGAAUAUUGCUGCGCCACAGCUUCUGAGGGUAGGGUUGUACACCCUUCCUGAAGACCAAUUUCUGCAAUAAUCCCAGUAACAGGGCUGCACUGGGCAAGGGUCAUGGAAGCCUCUUGGUCAGAGGCUGAUUUCCUAUCAGUAUGAGUCCUAUAUACUAAAAACGGGAAACAAUUGGUUUUCACUGCGAUUUCAGGAAAUCUUUUGGAUUUCUUGGUAACUGGAUUGUUCUAAAAAUUCUUGAGUUCAUUAUUUUUCUUUCUUUUUCUGAGAUGUGUGGGGUUUGUGCCUUAUAAGUGGAAAUGUAUGAAAACUUGCUCUAUGGCCAUGUGGAACCUUCAGUUUGAAGAUAAUAAAAAAAAAUAAUGCUU